AUGCUGUCCAAAACCCUAUUCAUCAUCGCCUCGGCUACCUUGGCUACCUGCCAAUUGGACCCAUCAUCAGUUCCCUAUGCUACAAGAGAGGCUUGGUGUAACUCCCAAACAUCCGCCUGUCCUCUUCUUUGUCUACAGAUAUCAGGAGCAUCGGGCUCGCCGACAACAAACACUUGCUCAGCUACCUCUCUCGAUUACAAUUGUCUAUGUAGCAAUGGCGUGACUCCCAACGCUACAGAAUACUCUCAAACAAUCCCCUACUACACCUGCACCGAGACCAACAAUCAAUGUGUCACCAAGUGCAACGGGAAUUCAGACUGCCAAUAUGACUGCCGCACCAAGAACCCCUGUGGUGCUCAAGACCCCAAACGCGUAAAUGCGACCACAACUACCGCCACGGCUGCUACAACUACUGCGACAGAAACACCGCUCAAUACCGAUUCAACCGGCGCGGCCCCACGCUUAGCUGAUAUGAGCCAGGUUUAUGGACUAUGCGUGGUCGUGGGCGGAUUUGUGGCUGGUUUGGCUACACUGCUGUAG